AUGUGGAAACCCCCAAUCUGGAAAACUUUAACUCAUGAACAGCCAAAUGCUUCAUAUAAGAGACUUAUUCUAUCGGUAUUAAAUACUACUGCUACUAAACGUGAAGCAAAAGACUAUUUAACAAAAUAUAAAAAUGUUGGUUCUGUAACAAAUUUUUGUCUUUUAUUUAUUCGUUCACUUUCAAACUUAAAAAUUAAACAAUUGAAUUCAUUAGCUUUAAUUAUUAAUAAACUAAACAUGCUAGGUUUGAAGCCAAUUUGUAUUAUUCCACCUUCCAAUAAUAUCAACCAUCAUUCUGAAAUAUUAGAUGCUCUGGUAACAAGAGCUGAACUAGAACCUUUACAUUUGAAUGAAGCUAUUAAAUUUAAAAUUGAUGGUUCAUCAAAUUCAAUUCUAUCUGAAAGAAGAGAAUUGUUUGAUUCUGCGUUUUCAAACUUUGUACCAAUUAUCAAACCCUUUGCAUAUAAUGAAAUAACAAGUACUAGAUAUAUGAUUGGGGAUUUGUAUAAAUUAUUUGAUGAUGUAUGCAAAGGUGACUCAAUGCCCACAAUUGAUAAAUUUUUCAUUUUAAACAAAAUUGGUGGGAUACCAUCUGAUGAAAGGAAGGCAAAUUCUCAUGUCUUUAUUAAUCUAUCUCAAGAGUUUCAAGCUUUAAAUGCAAGUUUAAUUGCACAAAAUAACUAUUUAAAAAUAGAAAAUUUAACUAAUUAUAAAGAUUUGAAUGAAAAAGCAUUCCAUAUCCAAAAAAUAGUACAAAACGUAAUUUCUGAAAAUAAUGAAAAUAUUGAAAACUUAACCCUGAUGAAUAUUGUAUUAUCACAUUUAUUGCCAAAUUCCACAGGACUUAUUACAACUGUAGAAGCUGCGUCAACCCAAUAUGACAAGACAAAUCCAUUGGUUUAUAACUUGAUCACUGACAGAUCUUUGAUUUCAUCAUCUUUACCUCGCUUUAAAUCUGUUCCAAAUAAAAGUAAAGUACCAUCCCUAUUAUCGAUAUUAAACGAAGAAAUUGAAACUGAGUUUUGGAAAGAGUCAAAUGAAGAAUAUGAAAACUCUGAUAAUAUUAUAGAUGUAAACAAUAUAAACUUUAAUAAAAGGAUAAACAUUAAUACAACUCAUAUGAAGAGUGUAGAUUCUAUUAGUGUAACAACAGUCUUCAAAAGAGGAAUUGAUAUCAAUUCAUUUUGCUAUAGAACACUGCAUUCUAAUAAUACAAUUGGUUUACCAUCGUCAUUUAUAAAUGAAAAUGAAACGGAUGCAAAUAUUGAUGUGGAAGACAGAGCUAUAGAAAAUCGAUCUACAGACAGUGAUAAACUAAAUUUAACAAAGCUAAAAUAUCUUUUAGAUAACAGUUUUAAUCACUCAUUAGACCUAGAACAUUAUUUGAAUCGUAUUAACGGAAAUAUUGCUUCCAUUAUUGUUAUUGGCGACUACGAAGGUGUUGCAAUUUUAACUUAUGAAGGCCCAACGGAUAAUAAAUUUGUUUAUCUUGAUAAAUUUGCAAUCUUACCACAACUAAAAGGCUCCUUGGGUAUAUCUGAUAUAAUAUUUAAUUUAAUAUUUAAACAUUUUCCAGAUGAAAUUGUUUGGAGAAGCCGCAAGGAUAAUGUUGUAAAUAAAUGGUAUUUUCAAAGAUGUACAGGUGUUCUUGAUCUCUCAGCAAUUUUAGAUGAAGGAGACCAAAAAGAAAGCAAUUUUAAGUUAUUCUAUCAUAUUGACAAUUCUAAUUCAAACUUGCAAGAUACUAAAAGAAUUAAAGAAUACGCCAAAUAUGUAAGAGAUAUUGAACCAAGCUGGGUUCCGGGAACUUAG